AUGAAGAACAUAUAUUCUAUUCUGAUACUUCUUCUGCAACUUUUAUGUUUUAGCCUCAACACCAAUCUUUCCCUUGGAGGAAACACCAUUUCUGUGAAUGGAUCUGCUUCUUCAGGCAAAGCAAUUAUCUCUUCAGGUGGAAACUUUGAGCUUGGUUUCUUCACACCAGGCGACUCUCCCUACUACUACAUAGGCAUAUGGUACAAGAAAUUAAACAUGCAAACAGUAGUUUGGGUAGCAAAUAGGGAUAAACCACUUGAUGAUCAUGCUGUUGAUGCUAACUUGAUAAUUAGUCAAGGUAACCUGGUGCUUCUUGAUAGACAUAAAAACUCAAUUUGGUCUGCACUUGCUGGAAACAUCAAUCAAAAUGUUUCAGUUACUGCAGUUCUUCAUGAUGAUGGAAAUCUGAUUUUGAGUGAUACAGCAAAGGCAUUAACACCCUUAUUACUUUGGCAAAGUUUUGACUACCCAACACACACAUGUUUGCCUGGUGCUAAGCUUGGAUAUGACAAACGUACACAAAGAAAACAGGUUUACGCUAAAUGUGGGGCAUUUGGAGUUUGUGAUCAUAAAGCUAUUGCAACCUGCAAUUGUUUGAGUGGUUUCAAACCAAGAUCAGAUAGAGAAUGGAAUUCAAAUGAUUAUUCUGGUGGCUGUGUAAGAGACCAAAAGGUGCAGUUUAAUGCAAUUACAAAAGACACAGAUAGUUCAUGGAUAACUUCAAUUAUAAGAGUACCUGCUUCUCAAAAUACUAAUAUCACAGUUGGGAAAGCCUCACAGUGUAGAUCUGCAUGUUUCGCCACUUGCUUUUGCACUGCUUAUACUUAUGAUGAUUCUGGUACCUGUUCCAUCUGGGCAGGGGAUCUGUUCAAUCUGCAGCGAUUCAGCAAAAAUGAAAUAGAAAGGACUAUAUUUGUCAAACGUGGCUCACCUGAAGAUCAAACUAAAGCUAAGAAAUUGAUGAAGCUAAAAACAAUUCUUUCGUCCAUAAUAGCUUUGAUGAUUCUACUCAUAGGCAGCUUUAGCUACAUUUACUAUAGAAGAAGGAUGGCAAAAAAAAGCAGGUAUUUGAUGAAUGAAUCUUACUCUGGAAGAUAUUUUCUUUUAUACCAUUUUGAACUUAAUUUCAAAGGUCAUUCUCAAUCAGAUAAAAGUAAAGGUACUCAAGGGGAACAUAUAUCUCUUUGGCACAAAGCUGAAGGAGAAGCGAAAGUGUUGAUGAAUGAAAACAGUGAUGAAGCUAUUGAUGUUCCAUACUUUCACUUGGAGACCAUUUUGGCUGCUACAGACAACUUCUCAAAUGCAAAUAAGCUCGGACAAGGAGGAUUUGGUCCUGUUUACAAGGUUAGAACUUCAUUCCUACAUCUAUGUGGACUGGCAUGACCGCAUUGACCUAUA